AUGCAAGAACCACCAAUUCCAGGAGAUCAGCAUAAAAAAGAAAAUACUUUAUCAACAAAAUAUGAAUUUCUUCUUUGGACUUGUGUUUUAAUUCCAGUAUCAAUUAUUAUUGGUGUUAUUGCAAUAGUUAUAGUCAUUCGCUAUCAAUCAUCAUUUUCAUCCAUCGAUAUAAAAUAUGACAUUGAUAUUCCAUGUAAUUCAUUAAAAUUUGCAAAGUAUGCAAGUUAUUCAACUGGAAAGGGUGUAUAUUCAAUAAGCACUGGCUACUUAGAUUCAGAUUUAUUGCUUGAUAUUGUUGUUACUAAUUAUGAUGCUUCAAAUAUUGGUAUAUACUAUGGUUCCGGAAACGGAAAAUUUCAAAAUCAAAAAUCAAUUACUGCGACUUCAGAUGUUAGUUAUGUUGCUGUUAGAGAUAUGAAUAAUGACAAUAAAUCUGAUAUAAUUUUAGCUUAUGCCGCAUUAAAUAAAAUUGCCAUUUUAAUCAAUAAUGGCAACCAAAAAUUCAGUUCACCAAUAACUUAUCCAGUUGGAAUUUAUCCAUAUUGGCUUGACAUUUCAGAUUUUAAUAAAAAUAAUUUAUUAGACGUUGUUGUUGUUAAUUCUCCGGAUAAUUCUGCUACUAUUUUAUAUGAUUAUUAUAAUCUAUCAUUCAAUUCUUUGAAAACAUAUACAGUCGGAAAUGAUGUUACAGCUGUAUUUGUUGCUGAUUUUAAUAAUGAUUCGUAUCCUGAUUUUGUUACUACUGAUAAUAGUGAUAAUACGAUUAGUGUUGUUAUUAAUUCUAAAAAUGGAACAUUUAAAAAUAGAAAAACAUAUUAUACAGGUAUCGAACCAUGGGGUCUAGCUAGUGCUGAUUUAAAUAAUGAUAAUUUUAUAGAUAUUGUUAAUACUAAUUAUGGUUCAUAUACAUUAAGUGUUUUAUUUAAUGAUGGAUAUGGAAACUUUAAUAGACGGGAUACAUACUAUAUUGGUGGAAAUCCAAUAUCAGUAGCAUUAGCUGAUUUAAACAAUGAUACAUUCAUUGAUAUUAUUACUACAAAUUACGUUGAUAAAUAUGUUUAUAUUUUAUUAAAUAAACAAAAUGGAAAAUUUCAAACAUAUCAAAGAUUCAGCACCGAUAAGAAUGUUUAUGCUAUUACAACUGGAGAUUUUAAUCAGGAUGGAAAAAUAGAUAUUGCUCUUAUUACUUAUCAAAAUACUUUGAAUAUUCUUUUAAAUCUAUGUUAA